CCGGGCUCGGCGAGCAGCAACUUUCUCCCCGGAGCGGCCGCGGCCGCUGCCGUGGCAGCCGGAGCGGGAGCCGGGAGGAGGCAGGCGGCGGCGGCGGCGGCUGCUGCCGGAUCGGGCCGUCCCGCCCUCCGAGCCCUCCGGCCCGCGGAGCCUCGUCCCCCCGGGCGGCCCCGGGCCCCUGCCCAUGUCCCGCAAGGCGAGCGAGAAUGUGGAGUACACGCUGCGGAGCCUGAGCAGCCUCAUGGGCGAGCGGCGCAGGAAGCAGCAGGAGCCGGACGCGGCGAGCGCGGCCGGGGAGCGCAGCCUCCUGGCGGCCGCCGAGUCGAGCGCCAGCCUGCAGGGCGCGGGCGCGGGCGGCGUCGGGGACCUGGAGCGCGCGGCGCGGCGGCAGUUCCAGCAGGACGAGACCCCCGCCUUCGUGUACGUGGUGGCCGUCUUCUCGGCGCUCGGCGGCUUCCUGUUCGGCUAUGACACGGGGGUGGUGUCGGGGGCCAUGCUGCUGCUCAAGCGGCAGCUCAGCCUGGACGCGCUGUGGCAGGAGAUGCUCGUGUCCAGCACGGUGGGGGCGGCCGCCGUCGCGGCGCUGGCCGGCGGGGCCCUCAACGGCGUCUUCGGCCGCCGCGCCGCCAUCCUGCUGGCCAGUGCCCUCUUCACCGCCGGCUCCGCGGUGCUGGCCGCGGCCAGCAACAAGGAGACGCUGCUCGCCGGCCGCCUGGUCGUGGGGCUCGGCAUCGGCAUUGCUUCUAUGACAGUGCCAGUGUACAUCGCUGAGGUCUCGCCACCCAAUUUAAGAGGUCGAUUAGUCACCAUUAAUACCCUCUUCAUCACAGGAGGGCAGUUCUUUGCAAGUGUUGUUGAUGGAGCCUUCAGUUAUCUCCAAAAGGAUGGAUGGAGGUACAUGUUGGGACUCGCAGCAAUUCCAGCAGUUAUACAGUUUUUUGGCUUUCUCUUUUUACCUGAAAGUCCUCGAUGGCUUAUUCAGAAAGGACAGACUCAGAAGGCCCGUAGAAUCUUAUCUCAGAUGCGUGGUAACCAGACCAUUGAUGAAGAAUAUGAUAGCAUCAAAAACAACAUUGAAGAAGAGGAAAAAGAGGUUGGCUCAGCCGGACCUGUGAUCUGCAGAAUGCUGACUUACCCCCCAACUCGCCGAGCUUUAAUUGUGGGUUGUGGCCUACAAAUGUUCCAACAGCUCUCAGGCAUUAACACCAUCAUGUACUACAGUGCAACCAUUCUGCAGAUGUCCGGUGUUGAAGAUGACAGACUUGCAAUAUGGCUGGCUUCAGUUACAGCCUUCACAAAUUUCAUUUUCACACUCGUGGGAGUCUGGCUUGUUGAGAAAGUGGGCCGCAGAAAGCUUACCUUCGGUAGUUUAGCAGGUACCACUGUAGCACUCAUUAUUCUUGCUUUGGGAUUUCUGCUAUCAGCCCAGGUUUCCCCACCCAUCACUUUUAACCCAAUAGCUCCGUCAGGUCAGAAUGCUACUUGCACGAGAUACAGUUACUGUAAUGAAUGUAUGUUGGAUCCAGACUGCGGUUUCUGCUACAAAAUGAACAAAUCAACCGUCAUUGACUCCUCUUGUGUUCCAGUUAAUAAAGCAUCUACAGACGAGGCAGCCUGGGGCAGGUGUGAAAAUGAAACCAAAUUCAAAACAGAAGAAGUAUUUUGGGCUUACAAUUUCUGCCCUACUCCAUACUCCUGGACUGCACUUCUGGGCCUUAUUUUAUAUCUUGUUUUCUUCGCACCUGGAAUGGGACCAAUGCCUUGGACUGUGAAUUCUGAAAUAUAUCCCCUUUGGGCAAGAAGUACAGGAAAUGCAUGUUCAUCUGGAAUAAAUUGGAUUUUCAAUGUUCUGGUUUCACUGACAUUUUUACACACAGCAGAAUAUCUUACAUACUAUGGAGCCUUCUUCCUCUAUGCUGGAUUUGCUGCUAUGGGACUCCUUUUCAUCUAUGGCUGUCUUCCUGAAACCAAGGGGAAAAAAUUAGAGGAAAUUGAAUCACUCUUUGACAACAGGCUAUGUACAUGUGGCACUUCAGAUUCUGAUGAAGGGAGAUAUAUUGAAUAUAUUCGGGUAAAGGGAAGUAACUAUCAUCUUUCUGACAACGAUGCUUCUGAUGUGGAAUAAUUUUCAGCUGCUGAUAUAUUUAGUCAUUUAAACAAACUUGGGGGAGAAGAGCAGCAAUUGAUGACCUCACUGCCCUGCUUCUAAUCUGGUUCUUUGCACAGUCUAGUUGUGAAUGACUUCAUAUUCUAGAAUAUUUGAUUAGAAGGAAGAUACAACCAUGAUGACAUUUUUUUUCCACAAGCAGCAAUGUAAAAAAAAUAUUGACAGAUUUUAAACUAAUAAUUAUUGAAUAUGUGUAAUUCCUUCCUCAGAUAAUCUAAAAUGAAUAUUGUAUCCAGUGACUUCAGUGGUAUCCUUUUUUCCUAAGACCAUAUAUAAUUAUUAGUGGCAGUUGAGUCACUGCUAAUCUAGCCAAAUCAUAUAUGUAUGAUAUACUCAUAAAGAAGGAUUCUGGGAUAUGGCCCAAGGGUGUUUUCUGUCCAAACAUGGCCUAUUGGCCCUAAAUUUUCCUAAGGAGAAGUAGCUUAUCUGUGAUCAGCUAUUAGGAAGUAAAUUCCAUUUAAGCUUUCAUCAACAAAUUCAAAAGUGCCUCCUACAAGGGCACAGCUGUCCUUAUCUCCUUUGGAUUCAACAUUUUGGUUUCUCUCUCCAAUUCAGAUCUUGAGAGUUCUUCAGAAACUGACUAUGCACAGGAUAUUUUGAACAUUAUGAAAAGCAGGUCUUUUAGGGUUUAUUUUCAUACAUAUUUUUUGCAGCAGUGAUAAGUAUACAUUUGCACAGAUAAGCUAGCAAGUUUUGAUAAGUAUAUUUUAUUACUAGAAAGAAAGAAAAGAUUUUUAUGGAUCCCUGAUUGAGUUAGUCACUUAGGUAUGCAACUGUAAACACAAAAGAGAGCUAGAUCUUCAGCUGUAUUUCAGGGUCAUUUUUGUUCAUGCCUGAAUCACCUGAUAUUCACCACGCCUUCGAUCAUCAACUCUGGAGUCCUACUAUUUGUGCCUUCAUUUGUGUUAUGUAAAUAGCUGCUAGCAGACUAUCUUUCCCCUUCUUUUAAUGAAAUAAUUUUUUUUUUGUGAGGAAGAUCAGCCCUGAGCUAACAUCCAUGCUAAUCCUCCUCUUUUUUUUUUUUUUUGCUGAGGAAGACCAGCUCUGAGCUAACAUCUAUUGCCAAUCCUCCUCCUUUUUUUUUUUUUUUUUUUUUCUUCCCCAAAGCCCCAGUAGAUAGCUGUUUGUCAUAGUUGCACAUCCUUCUAGUUGCUGUACGUGGAACGCGGCCUCAGCAUGGCCGGAGAAGCGGUGCGUCGGUGCACGCCCGGGAUCCGAACCCCGGGCCGCCAGUAGCGCAGUGCGUGCACUUAACCGCUAAGCCAUGGGGCUGGCCCUAAUCAAAUAAUUUUUGAAACAAAAAAGAAAGGAAGAAAAUCAGUGACAGAAAUAAUCCUGCUGUUAUUGAUGUUUAAUUAAAUAGUGGGACUUAUUUUUUUCUUAACUUUUUAUUAAUUCUUCCUAAUGGAAUUGUCAUAUUUUAUUACCUAAUAGUAUCUGUCUUUUUUUACUCUAAGAGCAUAAAAUCAUUUUUAUUUUGCACACCCUUUCUAUUUUUCCCUGACAAUUUACCAAAAAAAAAAAGAUACAUAGAUUUGUCUGCGAGUGUUGCCCUUUUCUCAUGGUUGGCUUCGAUUUUUUCCCUUGUCUAAAAAUUGGGAUUUUCUAUUGGAACAGAUUAAUGGUUCUCAUACAGCACACAACUUUACGAAAUGUUGACAUAUCUACAAUGUCUUUUCAAAGUGUUCACUAGUUUUUAUGCUCAUUCAUCAAUGAACUCUAAUUUCUGCUCUUAUAUUAAGAACUACAUAGUAUGUACAAAAUUACUUACUCAUAAAAUUACUUGCUAGUUCCAGUGAAAAUAUGAAUGACUCUUCUGUGGCCAGUUUGCAUAAGUUUGAUGCACGUUAACAUGGCUCUAAACAUCAAAUAAGGUACUUUUUGGAGUGAAGAGGUGGCUGUCUCUAAAUUCAAUGUAUUUCUGCCAGUCUCCAAGAUGUUUUGUUCUUCUCUUAAAGUUUAGUUUGUUUCUAUCACAAUUAUCAAAGCUGAGAAUGCAGCCAAGGAGGUUCAUUCUCUAAGCAACCAGGGGUAUGAUAUGUGCUUAAAUGGUCACUUCACUGGCCUAAAAAUCCUUCAGCCAAAAACGUUUUCUCCCUUGGAUGAUUUCACAUAAUAAAAAAAAUUAUUUUACAGAAUUUUCUUCUUCAAUUAGGUGCUUUGACAAUUUAUUUCUAAGGGCCUAUUAAUUUUUCCCAAAAAGCAGAUGUGAUUUAAUAGAGAAAAUUAUCAUUCUACUAAUAUGUCUUAUCCCAUAAGAAAUUUCUCAUCCAAGUAAUAUUUCUCACAGAUAAAGUGAAGUAGAAAGUAAGCUGUUGUGUGGUAAAAUCAGAAUAUGAUGGGGAGAAGAAGUAUUUAGACCAAGUGCUCUCUUUAAAAAUUUAUUUUUCUGAUUUAUCCAAAUAAUUGCCUCUUCUCUUUAUUGUAUAUAUAGCCUUAACUAUAUGCUUACAUACUCAGCUGGGCUGAAUGCAGAGUAACUUUAUUAAAGGAGCAACUGGGCUCUUAUUAUUUCCUAAUGCAGAACAUGGCCUGUUCUCCCUGCCACAGCAAAUGGUGUUUUCAACUUUAUAUCCAUAAAUGCACAUAAUAACAGGGAAAAUUAGCCAGUUCUCCUCCCCUAUUCUCCUCAACCUCUUCUUUAAAGGACUAUUUGUUAUUUAUAUAGUGAUAAAGAUAAUAUUCCAUAUCUUUGAAGCAAAGACAGAGAGGCAUAGUUACAAGAAUUAUUUAUAAUUUUUUAAAAACAAAUAACUACUUGAAAAGGAACCUUAUACAAUUAGGGUAUUAUUUUUAGAUUCAGUGAACAUUUAUAGUAUAUUAAAAAUUGAAUGUUUGAAUUUUGCAGGUUAUUUUAUAUUAUGCACCUUUUAAGUUCUCAGCAUCUUUGGCUACCACUAUCAACUUGAAAACAUUCCAUUUGAAAUAUCAUCAAAUAUAUAUUUUGUAGGACGAUUUACGUGUGUUAUGAUUUGACCUACCAUAUUAAAACACAUUAAACAUCAUGCUUUUAACUGAAAUUAUAGGUUUCCUUCUAAACAUGCUGCAGAUUCAACAGAGGUAUUUUAUGUUGUAGGAAACUAUAGUGAAGAAGGUCAUAACCCCUAUUGAGGCUUGGCCUGGAUGGCUGAUGAGAUCUGCACUAGACUUAAGAGAAUAUAACAUUUCAUCUGCAUCUGAACACACAGAGCUGAAUGUGACGUCAGGUUUUAAAGAUUUGGUAUUACUAUUUUUCUUCAAUAUAAACAUUCCUAAUAAUUUUGAUAGUUGCACCUUAGUCAAUAAUUACCCAAAACAAGGUUUUUAAUGUAUAUGUAAAAGAUCUAAAUUAAAACUAGAUUUAAAAUAUAAUAUUUCCAUUUGAAGUUUUGUUCCCAGUCAUACAGAGUAGUUAGUUCCCUGAUGGAAAAUGCUAUGAGAGUAAUGCUAUGAAGUGCUUUUCCAUAAUUUUAUUUUACCUCUGAACCAGAUUUUAGUAUAUAAGAAUCUAAAUAUUAUUUUUUAAGUUAUUCACUCUAAAAUGGGAAAUUCAUUAAAACAAAGAAUUUAGAAAUUGUUUACUAUAAUUUCAAAAUCGGUUAUUCAGAUGAAGAAUGAACAGGAAAAAUAUAAGUUGACAACUUAACCUUUUGCUUUUAUAUCGGAAAGGAAAACUGAAAUGUAUUCUAAUAAUCCAUAGAUCCUGAGGGGAGAAUAUUCUAGAAAAUACUAUCCAUAUGUUAUCUAAGAAAGUCUCACAAUUUAUAAACUAUAUUAGUGUCAUUAAAUACAAUACAAUACAAAAUAUAUUAGUGUCAUUAAAUACAAUUUAUAAACUAUAUUAGUGCCACUAAAUACGUAAUACAGUGAGGGGAAUGGGAGGAUUGUUUUGAUUUUAUUUCAUCAGCAGAGUAAUUAAGAACAAUAAAAUUAAUGAGAUAUUUUGUUAUAAUCAGAUUUUUUUUUUAAUCAUUCUCCUAGUUAUAAAAUCUUGAAUAAUAGUGAGCACCUAAUAACUGACAUUUAUACAGUUGUUGGGACAAGUUUUCAAUUACCAAAUUCAGACCUUUUCACUAACUACGAAUAAAGAAUGACAUACCAGGCUAGGAGCAGAGGAUUCAUAAUAUGUGCAUUAUAGCAAAAUGUAUUCAAUUGUGGAUAAAAUUUACAGCUCAUGUGCAGCUGCUGCCUAUAAAAAGACUCAGAAUUGUUCUCUGGAUUAAUUUUAAUGUCCUGUUUUCUGUCAUUUUCUAUCAAUUUUCUUAGCCUCAAAUGCAGUAAUGUUAAGCUAAUUUGAUGAAGUGAUUCAGGUUGUAGCAGUGUAUCAAUUCAGUACAUUCAGUUCUUCUGGGUGAGCGAUAUUGCUGCUAUUUUCUAGAAAUAGCAAUCAUUUUAAAAUGCCAAGCAGCCAGUUUGUAAGAGUGUUAACGAUGUUCAGAAGUACAUGAAAGAAUUUUAUCCUCAUAAUUUGCUUGUGAGUAUAAAACACUGUAAUCUCUGUAAAAUUUUACUUUGUAUGUAUAAAACACAGUCUGUUGCACUUGCGUGAUUUGGUCUAUGGAAUGUUAAAUACUUACCUUCAUUUCACAGUAAUAUUCAGAUUUUUAUUUUAGACAGUUAAGUUCAUAUGUUUGAUUUUGUCAUAUCAAUAUAAAUGAGAAAAAGAAAUACAGCUUACAAGUACUUAAAAUUAAAAACAAAUAUUUUGUAAAGUUUUAAAAUUUUAGCAUAUUUAACAUCAUUCCAUCUUAUUUGAAGGUUAAAAAAGAUGAGACUUAACUCUAGCCGAAGUAGAAAUUUAUAUUCUACAUGUCCAAACUGGUUCCUCCCAGCUUUUGGACUAUAUCUCACUUGAUGUUAUAGUAUCUUUUAUUUGUAAUAAAUAUUCAAAUUUCUAUUUAGAAGCGCUAAUGUAUAUCUAGGUUAAAUCAAACACAGUUUUAUGCUUUUAAAAUGUUUUAAAAAUAUAUAUUUUAAUUUCUGAGUGCAUGUUAUAUAGUGUUUAAUACUUCACAUAUCUUGGCAAAUUCAAUAUAAAUAUUUAUUCCUAAAUGUGACAUAUGGGAUAUCUCUUAAAAAUUAUGAAUAUGUAUCAUUUCCUUCAACGUCAUUGUAGCCUACAGCUGUAUCAAAAGUAUUGUAUAUUUUAUGGAGAUUUAGUGAUGUAUAAUGUAAAUGUUUUUUAAGUUAUUUUAUUGAAGUUCAAUCUUUACAUAAAAUUAAAAUCUUUUUUUAAAAAAAGUGUCAGUGCCAGAACUGUAAAUGAAAAUAAUCAAAUAAAAGUUGACAAUUCAUUACUCAUUUA